AUGGCUUCAAAACUCAGAAACGCUUCCUUCUACGACUAUGACCCUUCGAGCCCGGUAGCUGCAGUGUAUUGUGCUCUGUUCGGCCUUGCCUUCAUUUGGUCCGGAUACAUGACCCUCCUGGAAGUCGUGGGAUACGCCGAUCGAAUUCUAUCUGCCAACGACCCCGGCAACCUGAACUUCAUCCUCGCGCCUGUACUGAUGGCUGGCGCCAUCUACGUCGUCCCUGCCCACGAAAGAACUACGAGGCUUCUUUGGAUCCCACCUCGUUGGGUCACGCCUAUAUUCGUCGCCUUCGAUGUUGUCUCGCUCAUUAUCCAACUCAUCGGCACAGCAAGGACGUCGCGCUCGCCGCGGGGUCUCGCUUUACAAAUCGGAGCAUUUGGGGUAUUCACAGUCGUCGCCGCUCGUUUUUACUUCACCUCCCGACGGUUCGAAGAAGGUCGUCAGUCAAGAGGACUGGAUGAAGUCGAUGUGGGCAAUAGGGGUAUCUUCCGUAAGGGGUCGUCUCAAAACAUCAACCCCAGCUGGAGACGGCUUUUGCAUGUCAUAAACGCAUCGUGCGUCAUGAUUUUGGUUCGAUCCGUAUUUCGUGUAGUAGAAUUCGCUGAAGGUGGACAUGGCACCGUGAUGCAGCAUGAAUACUUAUCGUAUCUUCCGUUCAUGGGCUUCAGCGUUCCGAAGCAUCCAGUCGUUACAGCAGAGCUGGGCAGUGAGGACGGUUCGGCUACUGCACCACGAGAGAUAUAA